AUGGAAGGAGCUAUUUACAAAUGCAGAAUUUGCCAGAAAUGUUACUGCUCGACAUACAGCUUGAAGAAACAUUUGAAAGAGAAACAUGAGAAUCAACCGAUCAAUCCGGGACAGUGUCCUCCAGCCAAGUGCUUUUUGUGUAAGGAGAAGUUUUGGACUCUGCCUGCAUUGUUCAAGCAUAUUAAUACUCAGCAUGAAGGAAAAGUCCAACACGCUGGUAUUUUCACGAGAAUGUCGGUCACAGGGACUGUCCCUCCGGAACAAGAUGCCAACAAGGAAAACAACGUGAUUUCCGAAUCGCUUGCAUCUUCUUCUUCUUCUGGAACUCUACCCUCUGAUUCCCCGGCCAAUACUCUACCAGCAUUUCCGAAUAGAAAUAGGACGCCAUUUAUGAUCAACGACAUUCUGAAUUAG